AUGGCGUGCUACAGCCCCUGCGUGCCCGCUGCCUGCGGCGCCACCCCGCUUGCCAACAGCUGCAACGAGCCCUGCGUCCUGCGGUGCGCCGACUCCAGCGUUGCCAUCCAGCCCUCGCCAGUCGUGGUGACGCUGCCGGGCCCAAUCCCCGCUGCGGGCCCCACCGCUGCGGCUGCCGUAUGCGGCUCCCUCAGCGCUGCCAGUGUGCCCAUCGCUUCGGGGGGCUCCCUGGGGCUGGGGGGCUUUGGGUGGGCCGGCUGGGGCCGUGGGCUCUGCGGGCCUCUGGGGCGCGGCCGUCUCUUAUGCUGA